AUGAGCAGCCAACCAACGCAGAUCAGAUGGAGCCAAACACCCAGGCCGGACAAGGCCGGAGAGCGCAGCGUGCUUAGCGACGAUCUCAAGGAAUUCUCUAGGACAUUCCAGCUGCCAUCGAAAACGUCUGGGAAUGCGCUUGGUAUGCAGAAAGAAGCACUGGCUGAGACGUCGUCGGACAAGAAGACAACUUCCGAGGAUGGAAAGAUUUUGGAGCAAGACAGUCAAGGACCGCAGAAGACUACCAAGACGACCUGA